GACGAAUCUGUCGGAACCCGGCUCCGCGUGCGUUGGCUCGUAAAAUAUACACGGGAUUGUGAAUAUAAUUAUCAGAUAAUAACAUGUUAAUUUAAUGCGCCCCACCGUGCAAAACGACACUAUCAAACGAAACAUACACUACUGCGGCAAUUCAAAUUAUUUCCAUGUGGGUUUCCGUCGGGAACGUGCGAUAAUAUAUUACAAUAAUUCCUCAGACUCGUGCAAUAACAGCAGUAACCGCGUUCCAAAACCGCCAUGGCGUUGGGUGUUGCCGACUACGUCGUGUUCGGAAUAAUGUUGGUCAUGUCCGCCUCGGUCGGUGUGUACUACCGAUUUACCGGUGGCAAACAAAAGACAACGCAGGAAUACAUGUUGGGUGAUAAGAACCAGAGUGUUUUACCGGUGGCGUUUUCUCUGAUGGCCAGUUUCGUAACAGCAAUAUCGAUGUUCGGUUUGAGCUCGGAAGUGUAUACUCGUGGUACCCAGUUUUCCAUCAUAAUCAUCUCCUACGUUAUCGCCACUCCCGUCAUAGGUUACUUAUAUCUGCCGGUUUUCUUCAAGCUCGGGAACUUGUCUCUAUACGAGUACUUGGAAAUAAGAUUUGGACGUUUAACACGAGUGAUCACGUCGUUGGCUUUCAGUAUACAAAUGAUAUUCUACAUGGCCAUCGUACUGUACGUCCCAGCACUGACUUUGGAAGCUGUGACCGGAUUACCUCAGUCCGCUUCCAUUUUACUCGUGGGAUUGGUAUGCGUGUUCUACUCUACAAUGGGUGGAAUAAAAGCAGUCAUCAUAACGGAUUUAUUACAAUCGAUUCUCAUGUACGCAUCGGUAAUUGCGGUUGUUGGGGUUGCAUGGUAUGAAACUGGGGGUCUAUCGGAAAUCUGGGACAUUUCCAAUAGAUAUGGACGUAUUAACUUUGGAAAUUUCAAUAUCGAUCCAACAGUAAGACAUAGUUGGUUAAGUAUACUAGUCGGAGGGAGUUUUACUCAAAUUUCUUUGUAUGCUGUCAAUCAAACACAAAUACAGAGAUUUUUAACUUUGAAGGACUAUAAGACUGCCGUUACCGCGCUCUGGUGUAGCUUACCACUAGUGAUAGUCAUAUCUCUUUUAACAAGUUUGUCUGGUCUAGCGAUGUUUUCAAAAUAUUACAACUGCGAUCCUAUAAAGUCUGGUCGUAUAUCAAGCAGUGAUCAAUUGAUGCCGUUAUACGUGCUGGACACUAUGGGAUCCAUACCUGGCUUAACUGGAUUAUUCAUAGCUGGAAUAUUUUCGUCGGCAAUGAGCUCUGUAUCGCCAAUCCUCAACUCAUUGGCAGCAAUUACGAUGGAAGAUUACAUAAAGCCAUUUAAAAAACAAGAAAUUGCGGAUAAAAAACGUGUUUAUCUUAUGAAAAUUUUAGUCCUCGUGUACGGUGGUGUUUGCAUUACAUUAUCAUUUCUGACUAAAUAUAUGGGCGCUGUGCUUCAAACUUCCCUGACCAUAUUUGGAGUAAUCGGCGGACCCGUGUUGGCCGUGUUUACAUUGGGUAUACUCUUACCUUACAUCAACCAAAAAGGCGCAAUGGCCGGCUUAAUAUUUGGCUUGAGUUUUUCGUUUAUCAUUGGAUUCGGCGGGCCUAAACCUCCAGUUGAAAAUCUACCUUCGUUCACAAAUUCGUGUACAAUAUUUAAUAUUUCUACAAGUUCCACCCAGCUUCCAUCAUCGUUUUAUAAAGGAACAUCGCACGAUGAUGGCUAUGCAUAUUUGUAUCGAAUCAGUUACCUGUACUACAUAGUAUUGGGAUUUUUAGUAACAUUUGUAGUGGCAAUGAUAGUGAGCGCAAUAUUCAGAGGAAAAACACGUGACCACAAUCCGGAUCUAUUCACCCCGUAUGUGGCGAAACGAUUGUUAAGACGUGACAGAGAUUAUGGACAAAGAUUAUAAUCAGAUGCAAUCGUGGUCUGUGUCCAGAAAUGAUUGUUGUAUUACGUCAGACUAUACGAUACCGAAGUUCAAAGUGAAAUUUCAAGCAACCACCAUAUGCUUUACUCGUCUAUUUAUAUAAUUUAAGCAUUUUGAUCAUGGUGUAAUAUAUUAUAUUAUGAUUAAUAAAUAGUCAAACGGAAUCAGAUCCGCGCGACAGUUGUAUUUAA